UUUGUUGUUGUUGUUUUGGGUUCCUCCCUCUGGAGGUUAGUGUUCACCCUUUCAAAAAUUGUGAGUAUUAUUUAUAUUAAUGGGAAGUCUUCGAAGUUUUGCAGGAAAUUUGAAGGUAAUUUUGCAGAAUUCCGUCCGAAACCGUCCUGAGGUCAACAUGUCACGAAGGUUGAACGCUCGUCGAACUGAAGGCGUCGAUAAAAACGUCUGGAAGCUUUCUGUAAGCUGUAAGCGGUGGAUGCCCAAUGCACCAGUAUACCCGUGGAUUUGGUCAUGUUCCUCUUGUAAGGAUUUUGGCAAAAUUCUUCAGUAGAGUUGUGGGACGUGAGAUUGAUCCUCUUGAAGACAUCGUAAUCACAGUUGGCGCAUACGAGGGACUUUUCUGUACAUUUCAGGCACUCAUUGACGAUGGCGAUGAGGUCAUAAUUAUCGAGCCGUUCUUUGACUGCUACCAGCCGAUGGUGAAGAUGGCAGGUGGGAAGGCUGUGUUUGUACCUCUGAGACCGAGAAUUAAAGGCGAGUUUAGUUUGUCCAGUGGGGACUGGGUUCUUUCUCCCGAGGAGCUGGCCAGUAAAUUUACUCCACGGACAAAAGCCAUUGUCAUAAACACUCCUAACAAUCCAUUAGGCAAGGUUUUCAUUGCCGAAGAGCUCCAAAUGAUCGCUGAUCUGUGCAUAAAGCACGACGUGGUUUGCAUCAGUGACGAGGUGUACGAGUGGUUGACUUACGACGGAGCCAAACAUGUCAAGAUAGCAAGUCUUCCUGGCAUGUGGGAACGAACCAUAACUGUUGGCAGCGCCGGAAAGACCUUCAGUGCCACUGGAUGGAAGGUUGGCUGGGUUAUCAGCUCGGAGCACAUAACCAAACACCUGAAAACCAUCCAUCAGAACUGUAUUUACCACUGUGCAACAGCUGCUCAGGAGGCAGUAGCGCAGGGAUUUGAGAGAGAAUACAACCUCUUUGGGUCGCCUGACUCCUACUUACAACAGCUGCCGGCGAUGCUGCAUCAUAAGAGAAAUAAACUGGCCUCCUGUCUUCAGAGUGUGGGUUUGCAGCCCAUCAUGCCAGAAGGAGGUUAUUUUAUGAUCGUGGACAUCUCCUCUGUCAAGGUGGAUUUCACUGAUGACAGCACAAAGGAUGAACCCUAUGACUUCAGAUUUACUAAAUGGCUAAUUAAAGAGAAGGGAUUAGCAGCAAUCCCCGUCUCGGCAUUCUACAGUCCUGAGCACAGAAAGAACUUUGACAAAUUCAUACGGUUCUGCUUUGUUAAGGAGGACUCGACCCUGAAUGCAGCAGAGGACAUCUUGAAAAAGUGGAGUCAUUCAAUACCCCAAACGAGAAGAUUCCCUGGAAGAAAAUGCGAGCAAAAUUGAAGGAGGAGAAGAAGCAACAGAAAGAAGCUCGGCUGAUCAAACGGUUAGAAAAGCAGAAAUUGCAAGAGGC